AGGGAGUUAAGCGUUGAAAAACAAAAAUGAACGCGUUUUCGCCGUUAAGCCUUCACCCCUGCCCCUGCUUAAAAGCCUUGCCUCUCGUUUACUUGUCCUUCCAACCCUCAUGACCUUACCUUUACACUGCUGUCUUCCGUUUUAUCUUUCUUGGUUUCUAGUCUGCCGGAUCUCUAGUUUGCUGGCAAGUUAGGGUUUCUCCCUUCUUCUUUGUUCCGGUUGAAGUUGAACCAGAGUUUUCUCGCGUUUUGCAAGAAUCCAGAUUCAAUUCUUUCGUUACUUCUCUCUUCUCUGUAAUGCAAAAUAAACCAGCAAUUUUAGGGUUUCUUUCCUCAUUAUGAUCCUGAAUUUGUUCAUCGAUGUGGAAAUCUUGGACUUUUCUUCUCUCUUGUGAAAAUUAGUGAGGAACUGAGGGUUUUUAUUUGCUUGAUUUCUCAGAUCUCACUGUGAGGUUUCAGUGACGAAGUCCAGUAUUCCAAGGAAGCGGUUCUGUGGAGCAGAACCCUCUGUUUCGCUUUUCUUCACUAAUCGGAUUCGGAAGGGUUGUAAAAGAAAGAGGGUUCUGUGUUAUAGGUUUUCUUUCCCGUGAAUCCCUGAUCUACAGGAAAAAGUUUUUUUUUUUUUUUUUCUAGGUUUGCUUAUAUAGAUGGCUUCAGCUGGGUCUUCGUACUGGUGCUACAGAUGCAAUCGAUUUGUUAGGGUUUGGGCUCGAGAAACUAUUGUUUGCCCUGAUUGCGAUGGGGGUUUUAUUGAAGAAAUCGUUGAGCCCCCUCGAUCUGCACAUGCAGACGUUAGGCGCCGGCGAUUUCCCGGCGCUGCGAUGUAUAUGCUCGGGAAUAGGCAGAAUUCGGAUCAGAGUGCGAAUCUAGGGUUUCGCCGCAGCCGAAGGAACACUGGGGAUCGUUCGCCUUUUAACCCCGUUAUUGUCCUCCGGGGGCCUGCUGAACGUGGCGGCGCGGAAGGUGGUGGUGGAGAGAGGGGAAACUUUGAGCUUUACUACGAUGAUGGCUCCGGUUCAGGACUCCGUCCGCUGCCCGCAAGCAUGUCGGAUUUCUUGAUGGGUUCGGGCUUUGACCGCCUUCUCGAACAGCUGGCUCAGAUCGAGAUCAACGGAGUUGGGCGCUAUGAGCAUCCCCCGGCGUCGAAGGCUGCCGUCGAGUCCAUGCCGACCAUCGAGAUUGUCGACAGCCAUGUUGUCACUGAGUCUCACUGUGCUGUCUGCAAGGAGCCCUUUGAACUUGGCUCGGAGGCCCGUGAGAUGCCUUGUAAACAUAUCUACCAUUCAGACUGCAUCCUCCCUUGGCUCUCUCUUCGAAAUUCUUGUCCCGUUUGCCGUCACGAAUUGCCUACAGAUGUUCGUGGCAGAGCAUCGCCGGAGCCCGAAGGUGGUCAAGGCGAGCAAUCUCCAGCGACUACUGAAGAAGAUACUGUGGGGUUAACCAUAUGGAGGCUCCCGGGUGGUGGAUUUGCAGUCGGAAGAUUUUCCGGGGGUAGACGAGCUGCCGAGCGCGAGCUACCCGUCGUUUACACGGAAAUGGAUGGUGGGUUUAAUACUGGCGGUGCGCCAAGGAGAAUUUCAUGGACAUCUAGAGGUAGCAGGUCGAGAGAGAGUCGGGGAUUUGGCCGUGUCUUCCGCAGUUUCUUCUCUUUCUUUGGGAGGCUAAGAUCGUCUUCUCAUCAUACUUCAGAAUCUAGGGUUACUCCUAGAAGUCGUUCCAGUUCUGUCUUCAGUAGAACCUCGCGGAGGCGCAGCGGCAGCGCCUGGACCUUGGAAGAUAACGGUGGAAUUUCCAGAUGGUGAUUUUUUUCUUUGGCUUGGAUGGGUUGGKAGACUUUAAGAAAAUCUCCUCUCUCUCUACUUCUCUGGUUUUACUGUCCGAUCAUCCAAUCGUGACAGCGCUCUUAGCGCAUGGCAACAUCUCUGUAAAAGGCUUGGCUUUUAAGCACUGUAAAUAGCAAAAAGAAUGAAGAAUUCUCAAUUUUAAUCAUGUUCAAAAAGAAUCCAUUUUUCAUGGGAAUGGACUAGGAGAGGUGCAAUAUUAUUUCUCUCCUCAAAUUGGUAGCAAAAGAAACGAAAAAUAUCGAGGAGUAGUAGAAGAAAUGCAAUCAGAAUAUGGAGUGGACUCUAAAAAUAGAAGGUACAAGCUCAGACUGCCUGUGCUUAGAUGCUAGUGGCAUGGUUCAAAGCAUUCAUAUUUUUUUUACUAUAUUACAUUGUUAAUGAACCUUCAUAUUGCAUAUUAUUUUUUC